AUGAGUGAAGUGAAUGUGAUGCAGGCGGAUGCUGAGAUCACCAUGAAUGCGAUCAAGAAGUGUUUCGAUGAACUUCAGAUCAACAUCCCUGAGGCUCUGGUGGAAGAGAAGUUCAAAUCACUGGAUGUGAACAAGAAUGGCGUGCUUGAUUACAAGGAGUUCAUGGCGAUCUAUCGCGAGGGAAAUCAUCUCGAACAUGCAGACAAGAUGCUGCUGGAACUCACAGUGGAGAAGAGACUUCAUCACCAGGCGAUGGAAGCGAUAGAUGAUUACCUCAAGCACCUCAAGUCGGGAGAUGACACGAGGACAUGGCUGGAAGAGCAGAUGAGCUUCCAUGACCUGGACUUGUUAGACGAAGGAGCGCACAAACUCUUGUGGACAGAAUCGAAGCUGGUGCAGGGGCAGAAGCUCCAUGCGAAGGUGAAGGAGAAGAUUGUAUCGGCAUGGAAGGGAGUGAAGGGACAGAUCUUCAUGCUGCGAUACGGUCACCUGAUGAACAAGCGCAAGUCAGACAAGUCAAAGAACGAGCCGUGUAUGAAGGGUUGGCUGUGCAUUACAGACGAAGAGGACGCGCGCCCCAACCACGUCCAGUGGACCUCGAGGUAUUUCGUGCUCAGGAAGAACCAGGACCUGCAGUGGUUCGUCGGAGAGAAAGAAUUCCUCAAAAGUAAUCGGUCGAUUGAUUUCCAACUCUUCCACGAGUUCCCCCAGCUCAAAGGCAAAGGGAACGUGUUUGCGCUCAGGAGCCUCCCACCGCACGCGCAGACGGAGUGGGAGGAAGGAGACAACCGGCACAAGUGGAUCUACUUUUCUGCUGGCACUUCACGGCUGCGGGAGAAAUGGACCAGCGCGAUCACUAAAGUACAGAAGUCAGGGGAGGGAGGAGUGAGGGCGCAGCUUGCUCUCAUGCAAGGAACAGUCCUCGACUUCCUCAUUGCUCACGGCGCCGACGUCAACGUGGAGGACGAGUUCGGUUGCACUGCUCUGCAUCUCGCAGCAGACGAAGGGUACGCCAAGGGGGUACAGGAGCUCCUCAAGAUCCCCACGCUGAAGCUGGAUGCUCUUUCGAGGCGAGGACUGACAGCAGAGGAGAGCGCGACACAGCACGGGAACCAAACGAUCGCUCAGAUGAUCCAUCACGCUGCUAAGAUGCGCCGGUAA